UGAUUCUCUGUCAUCUGGGAGCGGAGAUUCCCAGAUCAGCAGCAACACAACAGCACUUCGACGUAUUACAGUAAUGGGAGCCGGAUCCAGACCAGCUUCUGUUAUAUCAACUGGUUCAACUGAAUCUGAUAGAAGGGGAUCUGGGGGCAGCUACCAGCAGAUUAAUGUUGAUCCUCAAUUUUCCACUCCUCCUCCAGUGCCGCAAAGAGCGCCAUCAAGAAUGACACCAAAGAUAUCACCAACCAAACCCAUGGCAAGCAGCCCUUGUGUGGAUCCAUCAUGGCCGAAUAAUACCAACAGUCCUCUCUCCAGCAAUGAUAAACAGGCAAUGAGGCAAACCAUUGUGCUGGAAGAACCGAUAAAACCACAAAGGCCACAGAGACCAGCACAAUUAGAAAAAAGAAAUAGUAGUCAGAUUUCACCAGCUACAACUAUAGCUACAGAAAGUGGUGGAGGCAUGCCACCGCCAUUACCCUUGAAAGAAAAUGCAGAUUAUUCAAACCUGCCUGAUCUUCCGUCUGCAUCACCUGCAGUCACAUCGCCUGCAGUUCCUGUUCCUCCGCCAAAGCAUCGUCAUACUACGUAUAGGCAAGACCAGCCCCUCCCAGAUCCAAGUUUAUAUGAAACUCCUCCAAGGGCUGCAACUACAAGACGGCCAAGGGUAUCUGGCUAUGAAAGCCCUGGCAUUCCAAGAAGAUUGGAGACAGCGCCAGCACCAGCACCUGAGAACAUACAUCGUCAUACUGUGAGUCCUGAUGCCAGACUGGUGGAGAUUCAUAUUGACAAUUCAUUUAGUGAAGCAAAUGAUGGCACUAUGGAAAACAAUAUAGCUACAGAUGCUAGUACAAACAGAACUGAAACUGAGAGUCCUAGUCGGAACCGAAAUACCAACAGUAUAGCAGGGCCCGACAGCACCUCAUUGUGAUAGUGGUUGUUGCCAGAAUGGGUUUUAAAUUUCAGUUAUUGAGUGAGUCAAGUUUUAUGCAAGCAGUUGAAGAACUUAAAGAGAAGACACAGCUGCUACACAUGUAUAUAUUAAUAUUAUUUGAAAAAGGCAUUGUACAUAGUAAUAUUGAAUGAAAGAAUACCUACAUCUAAUUUUAUGUCAAUUAAUAUAAAGUCAGCCUGUGUUGUCUUGAUACGGAUUACGGCCAUGGUAGUCACGUAGUAUCAGUCGUGAGUAGAAAUUGCCAUAAGAUGAAAUCAUGAAUAUUAAUAUUGUAAUAAUUUUGUGUCCUUUCCCAUCACUAAUUAGUAUAACCAGUAACCAGAAUAUUCCCUUCAUUAAUUAUUAUACCCAGCAAAUAAAACCUUCUGAGGAAAAUACAAUGACUGUCUCUUUUGCAGUUGAUGGAAUAUUUUAAUUUAAUGUUCAAAUACUCCAUCCCUAAGAACAUGCUUUUGUUUUAUUGCUGUGUAUCACACUGUAGCCAAUCCUGAAAGUGAAAAUGCAGAUUUUGUGUUUUCUGUCAUUUUCAGCCAUAUCAGAUUUUUUUCUGGUGAAGUACAAAUAAUUACAAUUCAUUUAUACUAACCUUUGUAGCAAGUUGUUUUUGUAAUUGCCUGUAAUUCUAAUAGAACUAAAUAUAUUUAGCUAUAGAGCCUUGUUAUAAGUCUGGCGCCCUCACAGUUUGGUAAUUGCAAGGCUACAAUGGGAAACUGCUUUAUUAACCUGGUUAAAAAUGUUAAAUUAAAACAUAACAAGAAAUAUAAAAUGUUUCUUACCA